AUGAGCUGUGUUUAUCAAUCGUACACUUCCAUAACAAAGGAAGAGAACGAAGAAACAUCCAUAACGGCCACAGUAACAAUUCAUGAAGUAACAGAGACAGAAGCCUCUAGGCUGCCUUUGGAAGAAAAGGCACAGUAUGAGAUUCUAGACGAAGAUAGACUGACCGAACAUGAUUUUAUUUCACUUAUGGACGGUGAAGACACAGAGAGCGAGGAUGACUCGGAUGUAGAGUACACCUGGUUCCCUUCGUUGAUGAAAAGCUCAGUGAUUCAGUUUUUGGAAGAUGAAGACGAGAGUUUGGAUAAUUUGAUGGUAGAUGAUAUCGACCACACAGACGAGGCUAUUGUUGAGGAACAUGAUGGCAUGGAGGAUAUAGAACAAGUUGUGUUUGAUCAUGUUCCCGUUGAAGUUUACCAUAUCACUGUUUAA